AGAGGGCUGUCGGCGCAGUAGCAGCGAGCAGCAGCAUCCGCGCGCUCCGGCAAAGGGCAGCAGAGCUCCAAGGAGCGCGCGGCGCGGAAGCCAGAGCCGAGCGCAGACCGAUCCCUCGACCCACCUCCCGCCCCAGGCCACCCAGGAGAGCCCCAGCCAUGGCACACCAGCUCCUGUGCUGCGAGGUGGAGACCAUCCGCCGGGCGUACCCCGAUGCCAACCUCCUCAACGACCGGGUGCUCCGGGCCAUGCUCAAGGCAGAGGAGACCUGCGCGCCCUCUGUGUCCUACUUCAAGUGCGUGCAGAAGGAGAUCCUGCCGUCCAUGCGGAAGAUCGUGGCCACCUGGAUGCUGGAGGUCUGCGAGGAGCAGAAGUGCGAGGAAGAGGUCUUCCCGCUGGCGAUGAACUACCUGGACCGCUUUCUGUCGCUGGAGCCCGUGAAAAAGGGCCGCCUGCAGCUGCUGGGGGCCACCUGCAUGUUCGUGGCCUCGAAGAUGAAGGAGACCAUCCCCCUGACGGCGGAGAAGUUGUGCAUCUACACUGACAACUCCAUCCAGCCCGACGAGCUGCUGCAAAUGGAGCUGCUGCUAGUGAACAAGCUCAAGUGGAACCUGGCGGCCAUGACCCCCCACGAUUUCAUUGAACACUUCCUCUCCAAAAUGCCGGUGGCCGAGGUCAACAAGCAGAUCAUCCGCAAACACGCGCAGACAUUUGUCGCCCUCUGUGCCACAGACGUGAAGUUCAUUUCCAACCCGCCCUCCAUGGUGGCCGCCGGGAGCGUGGUGGCCGCAGCGCAAGGCCUGCACCUGGGAAGCUCCAACAGCUUCCUGUCCUAUCACCGCCUCACGCGAUUCCUCUCCAAAGUGAUCAAGUGUGACCCAGACUGCCUCCGGGCCUGCCAGGAGCAGAUCGAAGCCCUGCUGGAGUCCAGCCUGCGCCAGGCCCAGCAGAGCCUGGACCCCAAGGCCGUGGAGGAGGAGGAGGAGGAAGAGGAGGAGGUGGACCUGGCCUGCACACCCACCGACGUGCGCGAUGUGGACAUUUGAGGGGCUGGCGGAGGGAGGGCCGCCCCGGGGGCUCCCCUGCUGGAUGCGCCCCUCCCGGAUGGCCACGCCAGAAGGGAAAACUUCCUUCUUCUGUUGUUUUUUUCCUUCGCUCUUUCUCCUUUCUAUCUCUGACUUAAGCAAGAGAAAAAAAAAAGUACCCAAAACUGUCUUUAAAAAAAAUUUUCAGAAAAAAGUAGUAGUUGCAUAACCCCAAGCUCUAGUGGGGAGGAGGGUUGUGCUACAGAAAUAGAGGACUUCUGGCCCAUAAUCGACUAGUUUUGUAGGACUGUUUGUGUCUGCGUUGUAAGGGUAGGUUUUAACACAAGGAGUGAGUCUAUCGGGGGCUUAGAUUUGAUUGAUGUGUUUAAAGCAUAAAAAUGUUCUUAAAAAAUUCCACAAACCAUUUUUAAAGUAGAGGAGGGAUUUUAGAUAGAAAAAAAUGUAUUCUUGUGCUUUCCUGAGGAGCACGGCUUUAAGGCGGUUGUAGGCAUCCUGUAUCUCGCUUGCUCAUGCAUGUAGUCACUUUAUAAGUCAUUGGUGCGUGUUUAUUUCGUAGGUAGGCGUGUAACCUCUUCACCUUGUCCACGGCUGAUGUAACCUGUCGGGUAGAAUAGUGUAGUUGAGCAUCACCGAGUGCUAAUCCUCUUUCUUCCCGUGGACCGGCCACCUGAGCAGGUGUCGGGCACCGGCCAGCGCGUACGCUCUUAAAAGAGAAGCCGAAAUAGCAGCGUCACAGAUUCUAUUUUUUUAAUCCUCGUAUUUUUGUAGUUAACUGUUGAGGAGACGCUGUCGGCCACCAGGCCUGCAGCCUGCUCAGAUCCAGGUGAAACCCACAGCUCGCUUCUUUGUCUCCUUCUCAAUGUUCUAAACCCAUUCCAUUUCAAAGCACUUUGGGUCCGGCAGUUCUAGGGAAGGUCUCUUGUUCAUGGGUGGAGAAGGGGGGUGGUUCCCAGUGGAAUGGUUGGGAUAGCCACGCGCGCGCGUGCGCAGACAGGAUCGCAAGGCCCGUGCAAGUCGCCACGGUGUUCGCAAGGGGGUGUGGUGGAAGGCGAGGUUCCAGUCAAGGAGAAAGUGUGCGUUCUCCCGUUGCCAGGAUAUAUGACGUUCCUUUUCCCGUAGAGAGGUUCGAGUUUAGGAAUCCUUUGGUGCCAACUGGCGUUCGAAAGUAGGAGCCUUAAAGGUUUACCUAAAGGACGUGUAGUUUAAGGGUUAGGAAGGUUUUUUAAACACUAAAAAUAUGUAAUUUAUAGUUAAGGCUAAAAGGAAUAUUUAUUGCAGAGGAUGUUCGUAAGGCCAGUAUGAUUUCUCGAGUAAUGCACUCUCCCCUUGACUCAAACGCACAGCCUGCUGCCUUUCAGGGGCGGGCUUGAUACCGCUUAGAAAAGUUAGGUCCUUUUACAGGAGAAGGGGGAAAUUCCCCAGGAAAAAAAAAACAAAAACGUUGAUCCGGCCUGUUGGGUGUUCCCCAGCUUGAGCCAAUCUGAGAGGCAUCAGGUACAGGAGAGUUAGGGUCCCCGAAUCGAGCUGUUUCAGCGUAGUCUCGCGCCCACCCCUCCUUUAAAGAAACGUUAGCAACCAGUAGACAAUGCACAUCUUGGCUAUGGACCUUUGAGUAAUUACUAAGUGGUGAGUGUUGAGGGAGGAGGCGAGAGCGCCCAGCCUGCUGCUGGGAGAGGAUGUGAGGGAGGAAGUGCGGGAGGGGAGGCCGGCGGGACCACGGAGGGACAGGCUGCGCACCCCGUUUCUUAUUCGCUGCUAUCGAUGACUUCCCAGCGUGUUCGGAAACAGACUCACCACGCCUCUUCGUAUCUCUCACAUUGUUUUGCUGCUAUCGGAGGAUCAGUUUUUCUGUUUUACGAUGUCAUAUACUGCCAUGUUCGAGUUUUAAUUUUCUCAUAGAAAAAUGUAUUACGGAUGCCUUUUUUUUUUGUAGUUUUUCUUUUUUUUUUUUUUAUGUGAUCAAUUUUGAUGUAAUGUGAUUACUGCUCUAUUCCAAAAAGGUUCCCGUUCCACGAUACCUCAUGCUUCACUUAGCCAUGUGUAGACCAGCGGCCAGGACCCCGUCUGGCCCGCGGCCUCCUGCUUCGGCAAACAGACACUCGGACGAGAUCCCCGACGGGCCUGGUGGGGACGGGCGCCGGGUGGCGUGCGGGCGGCCACCCGGCGUCUGAGGACCAGCCAGUGUCGGUGUCCACGUCCUUCCCUGCGCCCGUCGUGCUGGACUCUCCAUCUGCCCUAGCAUUGACCAUCCUAGUAGCUUUUAUGGCUGUGUUGUUUGCAUAUAGCUAUGAAACUUGCAUUAUUAUUAUUAUUGUAACAAGUAUGUCUUGUGUGCCGCGGCGGUGCUGUGCCCUGGACGGGUCCCGGCCUCCGAGUCGCUGUUUCCGGGCUGUGGAAGCUGUCGUGUCCCCGUGCUCUCGGUUAAGUUCAGGGCCGCGCGAUGCUAACUAAAGAGGCUGCAGAUCUCGCCGAAGCCAGCCCGUGGUGCUGUGUGCCCGCGUUGCCUAGCAUGCUGCCGAACCAAAAGAAUUUGCACCCUAGGUGGCCCUGCCCAAAGGGAUGGCCGGGAGCUACGAGGCCCCGCUCCGCAGGAUCCCCGCUUCCGCUUACCUCAACUCUUCUGGCUGCAGCCUCUGUUUCUGAACCAAACCGGGUCCUUGAGGACGGCCCGUCCUAGGUCUGUCCUGGUGGCAGGUCGGGAGCACCGCGGAGUCUGUCCUGUGGCCGUCGAGUCUGUGAGGGUCUGGCGGGUGGGCACUUGGUCUGUGUGUGGUUUUUGGUUGCGCGUGGCGGCGUUUCCCAGCAUGGACAUGUAACCAGCACGUUUCCAGCGGAAAACAAGACAAACAUGAAAAGUCUAGAAAUAAAGUUAGUAAAA